AUGAAUGUAAGUGGUCCCUCUCCUCUUCCCGCCCUGCCGCGUACUCACCAGACAACCUACCAGAUCGUGGAAUGGGCCUUUGGAAAGCGCAUGACGCCUGCAGAGCGUCUGCGAAAACAUCAACGGGCACUGGAGAAAACACAGCGGGAACUGGAUAGAGAACGUGUGAAGCUGGAAAACCAGGAGAGGAAGCUGGUGCAGGAUAUCAAGAAGAGCGCAAAGGCUGGGCAGAUAGGCGCCUGCAAGAUUCAAGCGAAGGAUUUGGUGAGGACGAGACGGUACAUACAAAAGUUCUACUCGAUGCGAACGCAGCUACAGGCCAUCUCUCUACGGAUCCAGACCGUCCGGAGUAACGAGCAAAUGAUGCAAUCAAUGAAAGGCGCUACGAUGCUCCUAGGCAGUAUGAACCGACAAAUGAACCUGCCCGCCCUGCAACGAAUAGCCAUGGAAUUCGAGCGGGAGAAUGAGAUCAUGGACCAGCGGCAGGAGCUGAUGGAUGACGCUAUCGAUGAAGCCACGGGGCUCGAGGAUGAGGAGGAAGGGGAGGAGAUAGUUAAGGAGGUUCUGGAUGAGAUUGGUGUUGAUCUGGGACAGAUGAUGGGAGAGACACCUUCAGGACUACAAAAGGCUUCGGUCCCUGAAGGCCGAGUGGCCCAGGCAAUUGGCGGCGGAGGAGGCGGUGGAGGUGGUGCGGGCGGAGGCACAAAUACGGACGACGAUGAUUUACAGGCGAGACUGGACAGUCUCCGACGGUGA